GGACUUUAGUGAGAGACAACUUUUAUGUCUUCUAUGUUUUUUUUUGACCCCGUGCAUGCACAAACCGCCGUGUUGUGCUUUAAAGGAUUUACAUCUAAAGGGACGUCUUUUGCAGUUGGGGUUUUGACUUUUUUGAUUUCAUCAGGAUAAAUUGUGUCAUUGUUUUGCCUUUAUUUUAUUUUAUUUUGUUUUAUUUCUGAGUUUUACUAUAUAGGCAAAGCAGAAGCAAAAAUAAUUAAUAUUUAAACAGAUUUCUUUAUAGCAGUGAGUCAAAUGUAGGACACCUGUUCUGAUUAAACAGCAUAUUUGUAAUUUUUCUUGUUGCAAUUUGCUUCUGCUGCUUUGAGAAAUAUAGCCAAAAUUAAAUAAAUACAUAGACUGCAUUGCAGGCUAACCCCACUCCUUAUUUACAAAAGGGGACCACAAAUCUUGAGUUUUGUUUUUUAUUGUAAUUUCAUAUUUUUGUCAAUUUUGUGAUCUUUUAUUUUUUCUUAUUUUUUUUUAUUUUUUUUUUUUAAACCAUGAAGCAUUUGCAAUUUGUGCUCGUGCUGUCCGUCGCGGUCAGCGUGUGGGAAUGUGGGGAUGCAAAGUUCGGCGAAAGGGGAGAAAUUAGCCCCAGGAGGAGAAGAUGUUACGACGGAAGCCUCCCCAAGCGGCUGAAGAAAAGGGAGCGAAAAGUGCUGCUUGACGGCAGCAGCAGCGGAGAAGUUUGCCACAGGUUGUAUCCCCGCGUGUCCUGCUGUCCCACCAGGAGAGCCGCCUUCCAGAUCCUGCACCGCAGGGAUGCUCGGAUUUUCUCCACCAACAACACCGAGUGUGGACGUCUCCUGGAGGAGAUCAAGUGUGCUCACUGCUCCCCCAAUGCCCAGGUGUUGUUCCACUCCUUGGACAUGGAUAAGAUGCCACACAGGGAGCCAGACCUGCCGCGGCUCUGCCAGGACUUCUGCCGUGAGUUCUACUACACCUGCAGGGGGCACAUACCAGAACUGUUCCAGGCCGAUGUGGAUGAGUUCUGCCAAUACUAUGGGAGGAGAGAUGCCAGUCUGUGCUUUCCAGAUUUUCAACGAAAGCAACUGCAAGGGCAAGAUUCCAACUACUUGGAAGACGAGAAAAGGAAACACAAACACAACUGCUACUGUGCCCAGGAGGUGUUGAGUGGUCUGAGGCAGCCGGUGGCCGUGGUGCACUGUGGGGAUGGAUCCCAGCGGCUCUUUGUCCUGGAGAGAGAGGGAAUUGUCAGGAUACUCAACCAUGACCUCGAGCUAAUCAAGGAGCCCUUCCUGGACAUACACAAGCUGGUGCAGAAUGGCCUCAAGGGCGGAGAUGAAAGGGGCCUGCUAAGCCUGGCAUUCCACCCCAAUUACAAGAAGAAUGGCAAGCUCUACGUCUCCUACACCACCAACCAAGAGCGCUGGGCCAUCGGACCACACGACCACAUUCUCCGUGUGGUUGAAUACACCGUUUCGAGGAAAAACCCGAACCAGGUGGACACCCGGACUGUCCGGAUGCUGAUGGAAGUGGCAGAGCUGCACAGGAAGCACCUCGGUGGUCAACUUCUGUUCAGCCCUGAUGGUCUGUUGCACAUCGUCCUGGGAGAUGGCAUGAUCACCUUAGAUGAUAUGGAGGAAAUGGAUGGGCUCAGUGAUUUCACAGGGUCCAUCCUGAGGGUAGAUGUGGACACAGACAGCUGUACGUCACCUUAUUCCAUACCGCGGAACAAUCCGUACUUCAACAGCACCAACCAGCCACCUGAAAUCUUUGCUCAUGGAUUACAUGACCCAGGCAGGUGUGCAGUGGAUCGGCUUCAGACGGACAAUGGGAGUCUCCCGAUCAUAUGUACAGAUGCCAGUGGCAAAAAUACAUCAGCAGGAAGAAUACUGGAGAUCACUAAGGGGAAAGAUUAUGAAAAUGAACCUUCUGUCUAUGACCUGCAGUCCAGUGGAGGAGCACCACCUGUGGGGGGCUUCAUCUACAGAGGCUGCCAGUCUAGAAGACUUUAUGGCAGCUAUGUGUUUGGAGAUAAAAAUGGUAACCUGCGGAUCCUCCAGAAAUCUACAUUGUCAACAUCAGCAGGUGGUGAACAGUGGCAGGAGAAAGCUCUGUGUCUGGGCUCAGCUGGCUCCUGUGGCUCCAUGCUUGUGGGACACAUCCUGGGUUUCGGAGAGGAUGAACUGGGUGAAGUCUACAUACUGGCAAGCAGUAAAAGCAUGGCGCAGUCACACAGCGGGAAACUCUACAAGCUGUUUGACCCGAAAAGGCCUCAUGCCCCGAAGGAGUGCCAGCGUCAGGUGGAGCCUCCAGAGCUGCUGAUGACAGCUUGUUCCAGACACUGUAAGAACGGACACUGCACCCCUACUGGCAAGUGCUGCUGCAGCCCCGGCUGGGAGGGACCCUUCUGCAGAGUUGCCAAGUGUGAACCAGCCUGUCGCAACGGAGGGGUGUGUAUGGAGCCCAACAAGUGCCUGUGUAAGAGCGGCUACUCCGGGGCCCAGUGUGAGAAGAGUGAGCAGGGCAUGCCCAACGACCAGGAGAAGGACGGCAUACUAGACCACUUCAUCGACAUGACCUCGUACCUCCUGGACCUGACCAGCUAUAUCGUAUAGGGGUGAGCAGAGGGGGGCUGCUCCUCACUGUCAUCCUCAAGUUGACACAAAUCUACCUACCACCACCAGCAGACUCUAAUGAGGUGUCCUCAAUAUGGCCUCUUAAUCUCCCCCACACCCACACAGGCAUGUACACAUAAACACACACACACACACACACACACACACACACACACACACACACACACACACACACACACACACACACACACACACACACACACACACACACACACACACAAAGGAUCCCCAUCAGACUGCUUUUCUUCCUCGUCCUCAUCACCAUACCAGACUCAUCCUCUUUUGCCUAUAAGCUACAUGCUCUUGAGCACCAGGCCUGGCAUCCAAGCCGUGUUCACACUUCGGAGAGACCUGCGGACAGCGGUGGAGAUGAUUGAUAAGCACGGCCAAGUUACGGAAGAUCCACUAUGACAUUUCCUCUCUCGUUCAGAAAAUGCUCACUCACGGCUGACUCCACAGGAACAGACCAUUUAAACCCAAGACUUUGGAUCUCAUCAGGGGCUCAUCUGUUGCCUUUGAGGCAUUUCAGAGGAGACAGUUUAUUUUUUCAGGGGUUCUUUUAAGGAUUCAGAAUUGUAAGGAGCGGUGCGGCUCCAGAUCCAAUUUAUGCUCAUGGUCCAUUCAUAAUAAAUGUCCACAUAAACAGACUUUGAAGGAACACUCUGCACCUCUUAAUGAGAGACGAUGGUCCCAUAGAGCCGGCAGUGCUUUGUGCUGUACUAUUCUAAAGGCACUAAUACAAGAGAGAUGAACCGUGUCGUCUCACUUAAGAUGUCGUAUUUAGUUUGUGGGCACAUUGUCAUAAAAAAAGCUAUAACAGUAUACAGUGUGUAUACUUUGUUUUUUUGCAACAUUCACUUUCUAUCAAUGUACAGAAUGGAUCUACAACCGAGGACCGACACCUACGCAGAAAUAGGAACGACUAAGUGAGAACGUUUCGUCAAAACCAGUUUCAUACAAUCUGAACAGAGUUUUUGGCUCUCAUGCACUGUAUUCAUUUUUUUUUGUUUCAUUCACUUUAUUAUUCAAAAUGAAUUAAAACAUUUAUUAAAAGCGCAAUGGGAGUAGUUUAACGUUCACACGCACCCACACCACACUAUCACAGUAAUGAUUUAACAAACUCCUUUCAUGGCGUCACACACUAAAACUGAACCCGAACUCAAGACUAUAAAGGGAAGAGAUAGCGCAGUGAUGUAUAUUUCCAAUAGAGCUUACCUAAGUACUACUUAGCAUUGCAAAAAAAAAAAAAAAAAAAAAAAAAAACUAUAGCAUUACUAUUGUUAUCAUAGAGGAGGGUUUAUUUUUUUAAGCGUAAUAAUAUAUGGGAGAGAAUGGUGUUUAUAGAAAGCAGUUUUACACUAAGCUUGUCAGUUCAUGUUCUUGUACUUAUACAUAUGCAAUUUUUUCCUCUGUUAAGAAAGACACGCGAGGACAAGUACUUUUUCUACUUUUCAUCCCCCCCUUACUGUAAAAGUAAUGCAUGUCUGUUCCUGCAGAGAGUAAUUCGGAGCAGUUGGCUGAGUCCAUUGAAUUCAUGUGGUUUCACUACCACUGUCAGAAAUGUGUCUCUGUUGUCAGAUGAUCAAACGUCCUGUCAGGCCACCAAGUCUUUGUGGAAGCAGUUCACAGUCAGAUUAAAGAUUAAACUAAUGAUCUGUCUGAUGGAGAUAAGGUCGAUUGAACUCUAAUGAACAUCUGACUCCUACUUGUAGUCAGAAAACAGUUGAACACAGACUGGGAUGGUCUGGAGCCACAUUAAUGUGUGAUGUCUUUUCAGAUGCCAGACAGAAGUUCAUACAGACACAGCACACAUACAUUCUUGCCCAUAAUGUCUUCAACUAUCUUAAAAAGAACUCCACCUUUUGAUCUUUUGACAUUUUAAUUCAUAAUUGGAGUUUUGGCAGAACCAUCAGUCAUUGAUUUUUAUCAGACAAACAUUUGUAGUUUUACUCUCUCCCAAACUUUCAUUUUGAAAAAACAGUUUCAAAGUAUCACGGUUAAUUGAAGUUCAGUGUCCGUUAAAGAUGUACUUGUUCCUCAUCUCCCGCCUCGCUUGUGUAUGCUGAAAUAAAUCAACUACCUGGUCAAAUGGAAUUCAUGCUGUAAAAUGGAAAAUUAUCAUUUCUUUUAGCACUUAAUGUGAAAGUUGCAUUGUAGCUGCUGAGACGGCGUGGUGUGAAUAGAAUAACCAUUUUCAUUAUUUAAGUAGUUACACAAAUAAAAUAAUUAUUUAAGUUCUUCUAUGUUGUUUUUACCAUUGUACUGUAUGUGACAAUUGUUUUUGUAUUCUGUAUUGUAAAUAAAACUAGGGAUAACUUUGUUUCUCUACAGAAAUAUCAAUAUGUCUAUUAAAAUUUAUAGCAUGUCUGAAA